AUGGUUCUCGCUAGCCACCCCAACCCAACGGCUCCCACGCCCUCGCACUUUUCCCUCUCUGGAAAAACAGCGCUCGUAACUGGAGGCUCAAGAGGGAUCGGUCUUCAAGUAGUAACUGCCCUACUAGAAGCCGGAGCUUCAGUUGCAUUCACGUACUCGACAACUUCCAAAGAUGAACUCGACUCCGUAAUUUCGACGCUCUUAGCUGCCAAUCCCAGCAGUACAAUCAAAGCAUAUAAGUGUAAUGUCGCUGACAGAGCGUCUGUGUUCGACGUCACUGCCCAAGCUGCGAAAGAUCUAGGUGGUCUUGACAUCGUCGUGGCAAACGCUGGAAUUGGUGCCCACUACGCUGCUGAGGAUUAUCCGGAGGAAGAGUUCCGCAAAAUGCUCGACGUUAACUUCAAUGGGGUUUUCUGGACGGCCCAAGCUGCGGCGAGUGUCAUGAAAGGCACCAAGACGAGGGGAAGCAUCAUUUUCACAGCGAGCGUCAGCGCACUUUUGGUCAAUGUCCCUCAGAAACAGGCUGCUUAUAAUGCUGCCAAAGCGGGAGUGGUUCAUUUGGCGAAGAGUUUGGCAGUUGAGUGGGUGGAUUUUGCGAGAGUUAAUUGUGUUUCUCCGGGGUAUAUUGCGACCGAAAUGCUGGAUGUCCAUCCCCAAGAAUGGAGAGAUGCUUGGUUCAAGUUGAUUCCUGGGGCUAGAUUGUGUGAGCCGGCUGAGUUGAAAGGGACGUAUGUAUACCUGGCGAGCGACGCAAGCAGCUACAUGACCGGCGCUAAUUUAGUCAUUGACGGCGGCUACACAUUGCCCUAA